AUGGCAGAGCUCAAAGCUAUCGAUCUGGAGGCUGCUCCGCAGGUGCAGAUCGCCAAACAAUCCAUGUGGAGGUCGAUUGCUCAAAAUCCAAAGGUCUUAGCUAUUGCCUUUUUUGCCUCCUUCGGUGGUUUUGAGUAUGGCUACCAACAGGGUGUACUUGGCCAAUCUCUCGUGAUGACCCGGUUCAAAGAGAAUUUCCCGUCGGUCGUUGCAUCUUCAACAGCAACCGGAUGGCUUACAUCAAUUCUCCAACUUGGGGGUGUGCUGGGCUCGCUUAGUGCUGGUAUCUUGGGAGAGAUCAUUUCACGGAAGUACACCAUGUUCCUCGCUUGCUGCUGGGUUAUCUUGGGAAGUUACCUCUAUAUCGGCGCGACGAAUGGCAACCCUGCGCUUCUCUACGCGGGUCGCUUUUUCACCGGCAUCGGAGUUGGUCUCUUCUCCGGCGUCGGGCCUCUGUACAAUGCGGAGCUUGCGGUUUCUGAAAUGCGUGGGCUCUUGGUUUCCUUCUACCAGUUCGCUACCAUUCUGGGUAUGAUGAUCUCUUUCUGGGUGGGGUACGGUAGCAACAACAUCGGGGGCUAUGGCGAGGCUCAGUCAGAUAUGGCUUGGCGUCUGCCCUCGAUUAUCCAAGGCAUCCCAGCAGUCUGCUUGGCGUGCGGUAUUUGGUUUAUGCCUUUCUCGCCUCGUUGGUUGGUGAAGCAGGGCCGUGAUGAGGAGGCUCUCUCCACUCUGUCUUGGAUGAGAAAACUGCCGGCGGGUCAUGACCUUGUUCAGAUCGAGUACCUUGAGAUCAAGGCCGAGGCGAAGUUCGAAGAGCGGGCUUUUGCCAAAGCCUCUCCCAAGCUGGCGGAUCGCGAGCGCAAUAGCAUGUUCAUGAAGCAGAUUGCGCAGUAUGCCAACUGCUUCCGUACCAUGGAUAACUUCAAGCGGGUCGCCACUGCGUGGCUUGUCAUGUUCUUCCAGCAAUGGAGCGGUGUGGAUGCUAUCAUCUAUUACGCAUCCAACGUUUUCCAAAGCCUUGGUUUGACCAGUGGUACUGUUGCUCUUUUGGCCACCGGCGUUACGGGUAUUGUGUUUCUUGUAGGCACCAUCCCCGCGAUGCUCGUUAUUGAUAAAUUUGGUCGAAAGCCUUUGAUCCUUGGUGGAUCCACCUUGAUGUGUGUUUGCAUGGUCAUUGUUGGAGUUAUUGUGGCCAAGUUCCAACACGACUGGCCGGGGCAUGUUGCAGCCGGCUGGAGUGCUGUUGCUCUAAUUUGGCUCUAUAUCGCUACAUUUGGAGCCACAUGGGGACCCGUCAGCUGGACGUUGAUCUCAGAGAUUUUCCCUCUUUCGAUCCGGGCUAAGGGAGCUUCGAUUGGUGCUUUCAGCAACUGGAUUAACAAUUUUGCCAUCGCAUUCUUCGUUCCGCCGAUGUUAGCCAACUGGCAAUGGGGCACCUAUAUCUUCUUCGCGGCUUUCCUAGCAGUUGGUAUUGUUUGGGUGUGGUUCUUUGUGCCCGAAACUAAGAAUGCGUCUCUCGAGGAAAUGGAUCGGGUUUUCAACAGCCAUAGCGGUGAGCAGGAUGCGGAGAUGUUGCGCGAUGCUCAGCGCGAGGUUGGCUUAACUCGGCUUCUUGAACGCAUGGGACAUGGUGACCGGGAAGUGGAAAAGAAAGAGGAUUCUCAAUAUAUCGAGGCUCUAUAA